AUGACGCUUUUUGGCAACAAUGAAUCUGGGUACCAGGUCGACGGAAACUUUUUCUUGCAGAAGGGAGAUCAGCACGCUUAUGCGGGCAGUGUGACGCGAUGCGACGACAUCAUACCAAAGGAUCGACAAGGUGAUGAUGAUAAUGAUGAUAAUGAUGAUAAUGAUGAUAAUGAUGAUAAUGAUGAUAAUGAUGAUAAUGAUGAUAAUGAUGAUAAUGAUGAUAAUGAUGAUAAUGAUGAUAAUGAUGAUAAUGAUGAUAAUGAUGAUAAUGAUGAUGAUGGUGGGAGCGAACUGAGAGAAGUUGCAUACAAGGAUAAUAAAACAGACUUGGUAUCGAUCGGCUUCGUAACUACUUUCGUGAGAAGUACAAAAUAA